CGGGCUCCUUUAAGACUGCGGCAGCCUUCAGCCUCUUCCCAGGACCCAGCGGGUCAGUUUCCCCGGGCGAGGGGGGGGGAGACCCGCAGCUGAGCGGAGCCGCCCCCCCGGGAAGGAACCGGCUCCCCCCCACCCCCAGCACCUUAGAAGGGACCACGAGCCCCGCCCCCGCCGCAUCCUCCCACCUGGGGCGGCCUCCUGCCGCGGCUGGGAGGCGAGUCUCUUCCAAGCCGGCUCGCCAUGCAGGGCCCCCCGCCAGCGCGCCCCGGGGCGCCUCCCCUGCCGCGGGGCUGAGCCCGGCCCCAGCCGGGCACCUUCCUCGCCAUGGACUGAGCGCGCUGCCGUCUCCGCCAGGGACCGGGACUGGCCCCUUGCCUCCCCCCCCUUCCUUCCCUUCCGGGGGGUUCGUUCCCCCCGUCUCCUCCCCGCUGGGUUUGUUUUUAUGGGGCAACAAGAGACGUGACCAUGUUAUCGGGCUCCAAAACCUCCUUUAAAAUCCAGCAGCACCCGCCGGGCCCUGCGCUGAGAGGUCCAAAGUCCUCUGACAUGAACAGCAAGAGAAACAGAAACGGCCAGGCUUUCCCGUGUAUCCCAGGGGAACAUGUCCUGGAAGAGGCAGCUCGCGUGAGGAAGAUCGUCCGCUCCAGGGAUGGCGAAGGAUCCAUCCUGGGCACACUGUACUGCACCAACCUGAGAGUCGCCUUCGUGCCAGAGCCGGCCCCGGGUGACACGGUGGGGGCCCCUCGCUGUUCCACUUGCCUGCACAGUGAGCACGACGUGGCCCUGCCCUGCAUCGGGAGGCUGGUGGCAGUGAAUAGCUUCACCAAGGCCAAGGUGCUGACAGCCAACUCUACCCUCAAGUUCAUCCCGGAGGAGCUGGUCCUCUACUGCCGGGACUUCCGGGUGCUGCGUUUCCGCUUCCGAGACAGCGGCUUGGAGCCCCGGGCCUGUCAGGUGACGCUGGCCAUCGUGCAGGCUCAGGAGAGCAGCAAUGCCAGCGCGGGGACGUGGUACGACAGUGGCGCUAUAAGGAACCUGGAGAACGCCUGGCUGAGCACGGAGGAGUCGUUGUCCCCCCCGACACUGCUCUUCGAGAGGCCCUGCGACUGGGAGAAGGAGCUGAGGCGGCUCGGGGCUGCUGGCUGGAGGGUCAGCCCCGUCAACGAGCGCUUCGACAUGGCCACCAGCCUCCCCAAGUACCUCUGGGUCCCCAGCAGGCUCCUGGACAACGAGCUCAAGAGGGCCUUCGGCCACUUCAACGCGAGGCGCAUCCCGAGGCUGUGCUGGCAUCACCCGGGAGGCAGCGACCUGCUGAGAGCCGCCGGCUUUCACGCCGAUUCAGACCCCGAGAAGGAAGACGUGAGGUCUGUGGAAGCGCUGAUGCUCGCCGGCCACGCCCAGUGCGUGAUAGUGGAGACUGCCGCCGACCUGCCCAGCCCUGCAGAGAUCCAGCUCUCUUACCUCAAGCUUCGGGCCCUCUGCCUUCCUGACUCCUCUGUGGCCGAUGAGAAGUGGCUCUCUGCCCUGGAGGGGACACGCUGGCUGGAGCACGUCAGAGCUUGUGUGAGGAAAGCGAGCGAGGUGGCUGCCCUGCUGGCGGAGAGGUCCCGCUCCAUCGUCCUGCAAGAGUCAGACGACCGGGAUCUGAACUGCCUGCUGGCCUCCCUCGUCCAGGUCCUGUCGGAUCCCCACGCCCGCACCCAGUCUGGGUUCCAGAGCCUGCUGCAGAAGGAGUGGGUGGUGGCAGGGCACCCCUUCCUUCAGCGCCUCAACCUCCUCCGAGACAACGACCGCGAGGAGUCUCCGGUGUUUCUGCUUUUCCUGGAUUGCGUGUGGCAGCUGCUCCAGCAGUUCCCAGCAUCCUUUGAGUUCACAGAGACCUACCUGGUGGCCCUCCACGACAGCAGUUACAUACCCUUCUUCAGCACCUUCCUGUUUAACUGCCAGUGGGAGAGAGAUCGCAGGAAUCAGCACCGUGCCUCCAACCAGAUCUACGCGCCCGUCAAUGGCUGGCGGGAACUCCCUCCCCUGGAGAUCCUGCAGAAGGGUGGCCGCCUGGCGAAGGAGAGAGGGGGCCCCUAUUUGCCCACCAUCUGGGACUGGGCGCUGCGCUACACCACCCAGCAGAGGGCGCAGUUCAGAAAUCCCGCCUAUGCCAGGGGCAGCGGCAGCACUACUGUUCCGAAUGGCAAAUCUGCCCCACUAGGGGGCGACAAGCUGGAAGGUGCCUUGUCUGGGAACAGGGCCGUGUACCUGUUUGCCAAGGGGGCCCUCUCGCCGCAGACCCACCUCUUCCCCUGGAAGAACGGCUCGCUUUCCAAAAAGGGCUGGUGGCGGGCUCAGUCCUCGGAGAGCCUCAGCGAACAGGACCGGUCCUUGAGGAGCAAACCCAGCGGCUGCCCCCAGCAGCCUGAGGGGCUGCUGCUUCCUGCCUCUGCGGGCCCCCUGAUCCGGCUCUGGAGAAGGUGUUACCUGCGGGGGAGCCAGGAAGUUCAGCGCGGCCUCUUUGCCUCCACGCUCGCUGAGCUCGCGGAGGAGCUGGACCGGCUUCGAAAGCAACUGGGCGACUGACAGGCGAGGGGACUUGCUAGGGUGACUCAGCGUGGCAUCCCCCUGAAGGCGAAAUGCCUCGAAGACUGGACAGCCUCGCGUCCCUGCUGCCACGCUGGAGAUGGGAGCGCGCCCCUGGCAGAACCGGAUCUGUCCACUGGACCAAGGGCAGGACCUGGGUUUUUAGGAAUGGCUUCAACAGUCUUUGGGCCUUGCUGUCCCUCCUGACGCUGGGAGCUGCCCAUCCUUCUGUGGCUGCAGGAAAGGGAACCGGGCAACCCCGUCCGUCGAAAGGGCUCGCUCCCUCUCAUGCAGCUCAGGGUGGUGGGUGCCCAGAUAGCCCUGGCUCCUCCCAAGUGCUACCUCCUCAAAAUCUGGCCCGACCCCAGAGCCCCCACCCGGCCCUGAGUCUGGUUAACACCCCCCCUCCCCCAAUCAUGCUGGGUGUUUGGCCGGGGUUCGGAUGGUGGGAUCUGGACAGGAACCGAACAACUCCAGUGUUCUCCAGUGCUGCUCGGCAAAACGCUGUAGGAUUCUGUUACUGCAGGGUUCAGGGCAGGCACUCCAGGGUACUGGGUCCAACUGCUUUUGCUGCUGCUCGAGCUGAUCUCUCCGUUCUCUGAUCUUUCAGGCCCCUUCACCCUCCUCGCUCCCCCCAGGGGGCCUUACUCAGCUGAUGAGACUGGCUCAUUCACGCUCCUCCAGCUGAGUAGCGUCCCUCCCCCAGAGGGGCGGCAGGUGGGUGGAAGGGCAGGCGAGGGUUAACUUGCUGCUGCCCAGGCCGUACCCAUCCCCUGGAUUAUCGCUGGCCUCCGAUCUCCAGUGCUGUCAGUCUGGCACCCAUCCCUGAGCUGCAACUCUGCAAACUCUUAACCCCUUGCCUGGAUUUCCCAGCAACCCUUGGGGGGCGGGAAAAGGGGAGCAGGAGAACCCUAUCCUCAGUAGAUCACAGGGAGCCCCCAUGAUCUCCCAUCUCCGGGCAGGGCUAUGCUACAAACUUGCAUCGGUGGCGGCGUUGUAGCGCUUCUGGUGCAGACGGUCUAAGCCGACAGGAGAGAGCUCUCCCGUCAGCCGCGGGGCGGGUUAAGGUCGGUAUAACGACGCUGCUCAGGGAUGUGAAAAAUCCACCCCCCUGAGCGACGUAGUUGGAGCGGAGUGUGUAAUGUAGACCUGGCCUCUGAUCCGAAAGCUGCCGUGCGGAGCCAGUGAGUCGGAUGCACUUGGCGCUGUCGUGCUAGCAAUGUGCUGGGGCGGGUCUUUGAGGCGCCAGGCAUGUCCCAACGACAGGUACUUCUUGUGCUACCUCUAGAACUUGCUUUCUAAGCCUCGGCGUUCGGGUCUCAACUGGAGAGUCCCCGGAGGGUGGGAAUGUUGGGGUCUGGAGCUUAGGGACGCUGUUGGCUGAACAAUAUACCCAGCUGUGCCUCUGCCAAUCAUCUGGGCCGCAUGUAAGUUGCAGUCGCAUUGGCAGGUGGCUGCUAACGGCACUCUUUUGGUACCGUGUGUUUCCCAGGUGAGGUCCCAGGAGCCUCUGUCCUCCGUUACCACCCUCGAACAAUGGCAAUUCCGCUUUCAGUAGUUUGGACCAAUCGGCUCAGUAGCUUCUCCUACAGCACGUUCCCAACACAAGCUUAGGGGGGUACUGGUGCAGGGGUGGGAGCCUUUCCUAUCUGCUAUCACGGCAGACCUAGGUCAGGUUACCACCUGAAGCCUCUGAGGAAGGGAUUGGUGGGUGGCAGCCAAGUCCCCAUUAAACAAGCAUCUGUGUCCCCCAACCUCCAUAGUCUUUCCUGCUCUGUGGCUCCCAUCUUGAUACAUGCAACGGAGCGUGAAUAGGCCUUGUUCUCACCUUUCCCAGUGCUCCUCCUACAUGGAGCCUCCGCCCUGGGUUAUGGGGGUGGGGGGCAAUUUGCCUGGACUGUACCUGGCCUGGAGGCCUUCAGUUUCCAGGACUAUCCCACUGGCAUCUCUCUCAAGCUUGGCGGGGAGAAAAAGCCAAAGGCCAUCCGUCCCAGUCAUGGGCUGCUUGUGGCCUUAAGCCAGAGUUGUCGUUGCUUUUGUACUUUGAAUCUGAAUCGAAAAGUGAAUGCUCCAGAUCGUGGGCCAUGCAUUUCAGGGAACCACGCUUGCAGUCCGAGCUCCAGCUUUUCAGAGGCCUAACUCACAACCCGGUCACCCACCACUCCUUCCACUUUAUAGCCAGCCUUCUUGGGCUGAGACUUUCAUCUCCGAGGGGGGAGCGGGAUUUGGAACCCAAUCUUCUCCCUUCUCACCCUACAGAAGGCACAUCCAAUUAGUCAAUUUCACCAGCCACGCUUGGGCAUUAGAAUCAACAUUUCCAUUGGCCCCAGUGGGCAUUGGAUUCAGGCCCUUGUGAGGGGGAUGGAGACUUGCUGCAUCUUUCAGGUACCUACAGAUGCAUGACUGCUGUACCCAGAUGGCACCAUGCUGCUUUGUCAGUGUUUAUGGACACUGGGGUUUGCACAGUUCCUGUAUGCUACUUCUUUUCCGCCCUGAGAUUUGAGUGCCUACUUUGUAUAUCUGUCUAACAACAACGAGGAAUAACAAAGAUUAUUUUUAUUGGCAUUUGUAAUAUAAUCUCUCGGGGCGAUAUUAGAGAUGUUUGUUUUUGUUGAAAAAUUUAUAUUUUAUAUUAAAAAAAGCUCUGGUUCUAACAUUAGUAACCCACAGGAAAUGGGUUAUUGUAUAAGCUAAAGUGUUUAGACAAAACUGGACGAUACAUUUUUUAUAUAUGUGUGUGUUUCUCUCCUCUCUCUCACCCACACACAGGGAUUGGAAGCCACCAAAUUCCAGGAUGGAUUAGAACAGUUGUAGGGGUAGGGCUACCCAGUAAUCCAAGUAUUGCAGCAUGGGUAGACAUGCUGGCAUGGCUAAGAGUAGCAGUGUAGAUGUGGUGGCACGUGUCAGUGUGGGCUGUACAGGGACCCUGGGUAUGUGGGUUAGCAAGGCAUCUACUUGGCAAUUUUGAGCCAUGGUAGUGCAGGUAUGUCUUCCCAUGCACUAAUCACACCUAGGAUUGCAGGAUAGACUUGCCUAUGCUGUUACAGCAGAGGGUCUAAUCUAGCUGUGAUCUUAGCUUAGGAAAUUGGUACUGUUCUCUGCGAAACUGUGGAAUUGUUGGUGUAAGAGUCCUAGAACUUUAGGGCUUUCAGGCCCUGGGAAAGAACCAGGACUGUCAUCUGAUGAGUAUGAACAAAGUACUUCCUCCAGAACACCCUCAUUUCUUUUUACGUGCAAGGUUUCAAGAUGGGGAGGGUCUGGACUUUCCUUGGAAGAGUCCUUUGUGAUUGCUUUUCCUGGUGGUUACUCCUUUAUAACAACUUGGAGGUUUUUUUUGUUUUGUUUUGUUUUUUAAAAUCUUAGUGCUAAUAGCACAUAUACAUAAAAGUAUUUUGGAGACCAGAACAGUAGGGUAACUCUGUGCAGAUCACACAUUCCCCGUGGAUGAGUUAAGUGGAAAUCCAAAUAAGGGCAUUUUUUUUUCUAUGCUGUAUAUUUUUGUAGUGACGUUUCUAUUUAAGAGCUCAUUAAAGUGCAGUAUUUUUAAAUGCA